UACUGCCGCCGCAGUCGCACACAGUCAUUCGUGUAGUGUACGCGCGCCCGUUAGCGAGUCUGUUCGUUUUGUUGUUCUCGUCCGCGACGUGUUUUUUGUUUUUGUUUUAUCGUAACCAUCCAUAAAUACAUAUGGUUAAUAUAUAUAAAUACUAUAUAAAUGUAUGAUAUUAAUUUAUAAUAUAUUGAAAUAAAAUCGUUAAAUUUUUUUUGUUUGUCCGACUGUUUUACGUGCGUGUACCGUGUGUUCCGAGUGUGCGUAUUCCGUGUGAUAUCGUUUUGUGUGCGCGCACGUUCUUCUCAUACCAAAGUUAUUACAAUAAUAAUCGUAUAGUAUGCUUUUUGCGCGCGCCAUGGUACGCGUUUAAACGCAAUUUUAUAUUUUGUAAAUAAUAUUCGAAUUUUUUUUUUACAUUGAAUACGUUUAAUCGUUUUGGACUCGAGCCGGUGUUUGAUCCGUUUCCGCGAGUGUUUCCGUAGCAUGCGCGAUUUCCACAGAGCUUCUAACGACCCAUACCGGUGUAUACCGGUUGAUGCUGUUGUCGUCGACGUGGUCCCGCCGCGACACAUGCCGUCGCCGACACGGCCACUGCGGCCACCGGUGAUUGUUGUCGCGCAAUUGUCCGCGGACUGCGGGCAUGACGUGUCCGCAUUCGCCGUGGCGAUAUGAGUGCCGUCGUCGCAGUCGAGCAGUGACAGGAGCAUCACCGAAAUCGGUAGCACCAGUAGUAGUAGUAGCAGUAGUAGUAGAAGUAGCAGCAACAACAAAAGAAGUAGUGCGGGGGACAAACAUCCGUGCGUAAAACACGAGCACUUGAUUGUGUGGGCACGAAGAAGACGACGACGACGACGAAAACGACUACUGACGGACGACUCGACCCGAACGGUCGAGAUGGAAGACGACCACCACAACGAUCAGCAGGUGAACAACCCGCACAUAAACAAAGUGCUCAAAACAUACCAGAUGAGUGCGCCCAGGAGCCUGCAGGGACCGAACUUGGUUCUGGACGAACCGUCCGGCGCUGCUGUGGCUGUGUGCUCGCCCAAGGCGCCCAUGCCCACCGCGACCAGCGGCGACUCUGAGUCCGGUGGCGGUAGGAAGACACCGGCCCCGGCGCCCCCACCGCCGCCACCCCUGCACCCGGUGCUGUACGUGCCUGACCAGUCUGGAUGCGAACUGUUUGAGACGGAGCUGGAAUGGGAGAAGAUCGCGUGCUUCAUGGUGGGCGGCGAGAUGCGGUUGUGCCUGCCGCAGAUCCUCAAUACGGUGCUCCGGGAUUUUACGCUCACCCAGAUUAACCAGGUGUGCGACGAGCUGCGCAUCUACUGUUCUCGGUGUACGCCCGAACAGCUGGAUAUGCUCAAGCACUGCCAGAUACUGCCGGUGACGGCGCCGUCAUGCGGACUUAUGACCAAGACGAAUGCCGAGCGGCUGUGCUUCGCACUGCUCCACCGGAUCCCGCCACCCGCGGCCCCGGUGCCCGACGACGUCGUCACGUUCUCAUUCGAGGUGUUCCACGAUGUGUUCGGCAAGACCCGGGGUGUGUGUAUGCCCGAACUGUACACCGAGAAGUUCUCGGCGUGCAUACAGUGCGUCGAGUGCAAGGCGCUGUUCGCGCCUCAGCGGUUCGUUAACCACAUACAUCGGUUCACGGGCACCAAUUCGUGCCACUGGGGCUACAAGCGCGAGAACUGGAAAGCGUACGUCAAGGUGUCGCAUGGGCACCCGGACUACGCGCAAGUGGUCAACCUGUUUGAGACGUUUAAGGAGCAGAUCGACGAGUCGGCGGCCACUGCGCACUUUUCCUCUCGGAAACGAAAACAGUUGAUGGAACUGGUGCCCGUCUCGUGCACGGUCCGCCCGUCCAGGGCUGAGACGCCGCCACCGUCGCUGAAGAGGACCAAGCUCGAGGACGCACCGCCAGCUGUGCCCACGGCGGCUUACUACUCGGCGCUGGGCAUGGCGCCCACGCUGCCUAACUAUAUGGUGGACCCAUUCCACUAUUUUUACGGUGCAUGGGUGCCGCCACCCGCGGCCAUGUACAUGAAUAAUACGCAUCACCUGUACAGAAACGACAGUAUGAUCAAGAGGGAAAGACCGCCGAGGCUAGUGGACCCGCAAAAAGUCAUAUCGCACACGCAGUCUGAACAGUUCAGCCGGAGUUUUCAACCGAACGUCGCGCUGGCACCGCCUACCAAACAUAACGGCAACGCUAACGCAUCCAAUCUCUUGGGCCUUCACCACAACCAUCACCACCAAAACGCUAACAGUGCCAAUAUCAUCAUCAACAACAACAACAACAACAAUAAUAAUAAUAAUAAUAACAGCAGCAAUAAUAACAACAACAACAACAACACUGCCAAACCGACGGUGAAAUUCAAAUACAAAGACGACGGAGAACAGGAAAACAAGGACAUUGUCCCAACUCAAGAGUCCGAUAGGAGAUAUAACAGUGUCGCUGCCAGUGUCAUGGAGCAAGUUGCCGCUGUUUUAGACGCCUUGAGCGACGCUAAGGAGACGACGCGACAGCAAGUGAUUGGAUUGGUUGAGCGGAUCGCUCUGCGGCUUGAAAAAGUCGAGUCAAAAAAUCAGCAACUCGUCCGGGAGAACGAAUUACUUAAAAACCAAUUGAACAUGAAGAGGCAUACGAACAAAGAAGAUCCAUUGUUAGUAGACGACUGUACGAUGAUCAAAUGGGAAGACGGCGGUGGUAUCGAUCAAGAACAUUGCAAAUCAAACAGUUUGCCAUUGAUGAACAAGAGGUUUAGUCCAGUGUCCGUGAUAACCUCACCACCGUGUCAGCCCAAAACACCUCCACCUCAUAAUCUACAGUCCACUACAAUGGCUGCCACCACCACUGCUACCAUCACAGCCACCUCAGUGUUGAUCAAAUCGGAAUCCAUCGACUGAUUAUUAUAAUUGCAGCCUGCUGUUUACUUAUUAUUAUUAAUUAUUAUUAUUUAAUUUAAUAUUGCUACCACCGACAAUUGAUCUCUCCUUUAAAAAAAAAUAAAAGUAAAAUAAUAAUAUGUAUAAAUUAUACAAGCUUUUUAUAAUAUUUAUUCAGUACUACAAGUAUAAUAUAUGUGUAUAAAUAUUAAAUAUACAUAAAGUAAUAAUAAUAAUUAUUAUUAUUGUUAUUAUUUUAUGUCUAUCAAUAUUAAGCUGUUGAUUUCUCUUGUCUUCUGUAAAUAAUCUAAUUUAAAAUAUUGUUAAUUUGAUUUUCUUAAUUUUCUGACAAUUUCUUUAAAUAUAUAUAUUAUAUAUAUAUAUUUCUUUUUCUUUUUUGUUAUGAAUUUUUAGUUUAGGAUUAUUUAUAUUUAUUUAUUUGAAUUUUUUUGUUAUUCGUUUUAAAUUAUUUAUGUUAAAAGUUGCUGUGCCAAUUUUUCGUUUGUUUUUCUUUCAAUAAUUAUUAGAGAUUAAAAUAGAAAUGGUGUACUCUUAAAAAAAAAAUAGAGCAUGGUUAUGAAGGAGCUCAAUUUAAAUACUUGAUUUUCCAAUAUUUGUAGAGUGUUAUUAGUUAACUUGUGAAAUUUUCAAACAUAUUCUCUAUUUCUCUGUUGAAUAUGAGAAGAAACUUUGGCGACUAGUUAACAUGGUAUUCUGUCUCAACAACUGUGUGGGACUGUUCUUGAUAAAUGCUGAGGUUUUUUUUUCAUACUAAACAAAGUGUUAAUGGAUAUUUUGACAAUGUGUGCUUUUUCAAUACAUUUAGCUAAAUAGUAAAUGGACAAAAUUGUGUUUAAAAUAUUUACACCAUUUCAAUGUUGACAUAUGUAAAAGAAAACAUUAUUAUUUUGUGAAACAUCAAUAUUCCUAAUUUUUCUCACAGUGUUUAAUUAAUAGUUAUUAUUUAUUUGCAUACAUAUUACAUAUAAUAUCGCACCAAAUAUUAAUAAUAAUAAUGAUAAAAAAGCAAUCACGUAUAAGGUAAUAUUUAUACAUUUCCUAGUACUAAAGUACUUUAAUAUAGGUACACAAAAAAAAAAUAGAUAAACCUUAAUGAUGAUAAGACAACAAAUAUAGAAUAAGUAUUAUGUUUUCAAAUAUAUUAUGUAUUAAAAAAAAACUAAAAAUUAAAAUUAUGAAUAAAGUUUUGACGAACAAUAUAUCCUUAUUCCCUUUAGCUAGAAAAUAAUUCAGUACAAAUUAGUAAGUGCCUUAAUUCUGCAAUACUAUACACUAACCUUACUUAAAAAAAUUAACAAUGAUAAACAUUUUUAAUAUAAUAUAGUAUGAUAUGUAUGUUUGCAUGCACUAUAAUAAUUAUAUGGUUUUAAUAUGCUUAUAAAAAAAGAGAAAAAGAAUGUUAUUUUAGAAAUCUUGGUAGAUUGAUUUAUUAUUAGGUAAAUAAACUGUUAUUGUUAAUGUUGGCGUGCGUUGUUGUGUCAUCCAACACAUUUUUUUCAUUAUGUCUAAUGUAUUUAAAGUAUGCAAAUUAAUAAUAAGAAUAUUAGUAAUAGCAAUAUGUAUCAAAUAUAACAUACAGGUUGAAAAUAUGUAAAACUUACAUUUAACUAUACCUAUUAUUGUUUAGUUAUAAAUAAUAAUAUAGUUUGUUACCACACAGUUGUAAUAUGUACCUGAUGUGAAAGCCAGUAGGUAAUUUAUAUAUGAAGUACCUAUAUACUAUUAUAAUAUAUAUUAUAUAAAUAUACUUAAAGAUGUUUUAUACCAUUUUUGCAAACGAUGGAAUAAUAAUAAGCUCCCUAUUUUUUUUAUUUAUUUAAGUAAACGUUGAGUCUUCCUUAAAAAUGAAAAGAUGAAAAAAUAAGCAAAUAACUCGAAUUCUGUAAUUAAUUAAACAUUUUCAUGCUGUAUUAGUUUGUUUUUUUUCUAUCUUGUACAAUUCAACUAAAGGAUGUUGCAACACAAUGAUAAUAUAUAAUAUUAUAUAUAUUUAUUAGUUGUAAUAGUUUGAUGAAUAUGUAAAUUUAAUAUCUAUUGAAGGAGUAGAAUAAUAUAAUAUAUUAUAAUAGUAUAAAAAUUUUAAUUCAACUUGACUGGAAAUCAAAAACAACCAUUGUGUUCACAUAAAUUUUUCUCAUUAUUAUUUAAUGUUAAUUGACAAAACUGUGUAAUAAUAUUGACUUUGCAAUUUUAAUGUUCUUAUGUAUAUUUUGUUGUUGAUGUACAGACUUUUUUUUUGUAAUUUUUAGAGUUUUUCUAACUCUGAUAUAAAAUGAAAUAUUUAGAUAUUUCAUUUUACUAUCAUAAUUAUUAUUAUUAUUAUUAUUAUUAUGAUUAUUAUUAUUUUUUGUAAUGAUGUUAAGUUUUUUUAAGUAACUUAUAUUAGGUAGUUUUUUAACUGUGCCAAGCUUUGUAGCACUUUUUAAGCAAAACCGAGUCAUUAUGUUUUUUUUUUUUGUAUAUAUUAUACUGCCUGUACCAAAUACAUUGUAUCAUAAUAUACAUGAUUAUAUGGUGUAUUGAAACGGGUUUUCUUUACAUGUAUUUUUUGUGUAAUGUUAUUAAUUUAAAACAAAAAACAACCAUUUUGUUUAUGGACAUUUUUUUGGAAAAAAAAGAAAACCAGAAAAAAAAAGAAUCAAAAUAAAAGAAUACUAUAUUGAUAAAUAAUAAUUAGGAUUGUGUUUUGUUUUUGUAUGAGCAUUUAUUACAUAUUAUUAUAUAGUUUAAAUGUUAUUAUGCACAAUGUGCAAUCGUCUGAUGAGUAGGUACAUAAUAAAUAAUUAUAUAUCAUCAAUAAUGUUUAUGGCGAGAAAAAUAUACCACACGUAUAGUAUCCAUUAUAAAUAAUUACUAUGAUAUUAUGAUUAUAUUAUUAUAAUGAAUUAAAAUGAUUCAUAAUUUGAUGAAAGUGAUGCACCAUGCACUUUGAGACAUAAGAAAAACAAUCAGUUAUUAGAAAAGAUAAAUACAGUGAACAGAAUAUGUGAUACAGCAUUGGACACUUAACACUUGCAAAUGUAUGUUCUAACCUCUAAAAAAGAAAGACAGUAAAACCCAAAUUAAAAACGAAAAUUGAUUUAUUGAUAUUCCAAAAUAGCAAAUUAAGAGUUCCUUUUAUUGAGGAGAAAUACAGUAAAAACUAAAAACAAUUAUAAAUGUCCUUAGACCUUAAAAGUGAUAUAACAUUGUAGCUUUUACCAAUUGAUUUAAAAAUAUUAUCUAUAAAAAAACUAAGAAAAAUGCAGUACCUAUUCCAGUAUGUUACAUAUCCUAGGGACCUACUACCUAGAAAA